UAUAUACUACUCAAAAGUCAAUUAACACAUAAAGUUAGCUUUUUCUCUCUCCCUGUACUAAGGCCUAAGGGCAAACUGAACAAAAACAGAGCCGAAAAUCCAGUAUUUUUUACACGAUCUUCAAAUUUGAGAUCCACAAAUCAAAAUUCUCUGCCUAUUUCCUCAAGGGUAAUGCUGGAUAUGUGAAGUCUAUUUCAAAAGUUUAGCGACGGUAUCUCCCAAGAUGUGGUUUUACCAUUACAUAUCUUCGGGUAAAACUUUUGGCUGAUAGCUAGCAUUUGUUUCUCCAGCUGUUGUGCCAAUUUCUCAUCAAGCUCUUAUGGGAGACUCCUUUAAUCCCACCCCUGGGACAAAGUCUAUGGUCACAACUGCUAUCACUACUAAAAAUGAAUCUAAACAGCACAUCAUUUCUUCUGGCUCGAACCCUUUUAAAAAUGUAAGGCAGAUUGAUCUGAUAAAAUAUGGGAAGCAGAGAAGGGGAAGUGCUAAUCAGUUAGUUUUCUUUCUGGUUAAAGUUGCUGCCUUGGAGGCUGUGCGUAGGAUCUCACGGUCCAAAUGUCCAUUUGUAUGGUCUAGCCUACAAGCUCUGCAAGUUGUAUGCUACCCGCCACUUAAGUGGAUGCAAAGGUGGAAUCCUUUUCGGGUUCUGGUUGAAGGCAUGCAGAUGCUAUCGCGGCCACUGCUAGUGCUAUCUAUAGCUACAGCUUUUUCUGAUCAUUCAGAAUUCAAUAAUGAUACCUCAGAUAGCACUCAAGUUUCCCCGGACACCAAUGAUAUGCGUGCUGAUUCAGAAGCUCAGCUAGAAGUCUCUUCUGAGCAGUCUAUCCCAAGUGAAAGGGUUGGCAAUGAAAUUUCUCAAAGUGUGUCUUCCACAAGUUUGGCAAGUUGGUUGCUUAAGCUUUACAAAGAUCUGGAAAAGCAAGGAAUUUGCCUGCCAGAGAGAAUUGAUGAAGAGGAACUCCAUCAAUUUUUUACGGCUGCAGAUGGAGAUUUUACUCGCUUACUUUCUUCAGUGAAGAAGACAAUUCGCUGGAGGGAGACUUACAGAAUUCUUUCCAGACAAGAACUUGAAGUGUGGUCAAAAAUGGUCUUUUGGCAUGGAUUUGAUCAGCAGCAUCGACCCUGCCUCAUUGUCCGCCUUGGCUUAGCGUGCACCAGCUUGCCAUCUCGUGACAGACCUUGCUUCGCCCAAGCAGUUGUAUCUCAGGUGGAGCAUGGGGUUCUUCAUUUGGUGGACCAGCAAAAUUCUCAAAUUACUGUUUUGGUAGACUGUGAAGGAUUGACUCCAUUGAGACUUCCCAUGCAAAUGCUGAGAUCCUGUUCUACUCUUUUGCAAGAUCACUUCCCAAACCGUCUAGGCUGUUUAUUCGUUAUACGCCUUCCUCCCAUUGUUCGAGUUGUCGCACAAACCUUUGUGCAAGUUUUCAAACCGGUCACUAGGCAAAAAUUGAGAUUUGAAGGGGAAAUGUACCAAAAGAUUCUUGCUGAGUGUUUGCAAACACUCCCAUCUUAUCUUGGUGGGCAGUGCCCAUGCUCAAGAUGUGCUAACUUGGACAUGACCAAGAUGCCUAAUACGAGCAUGAAUGACCAUCAAGAGACAGCGAUAACUGAGAUUAUUAACAAUCCUCUGGAUCUAACACCACUCCAUUCAGGUGAACAGACUGAAAUUCCGACAAAUUAUACAUGUGAUCAGAUCCUAAGAAAGGGCGUGCUAGGUAUUCUUAUAUUCUGGGUUUUUGUUGCUUUAAUUGCUGGAGUAUUUGAUCCAGAAAGUCGUCCUGUUUUACCUCAUUAAGCUAUGCUUAUUACAUACUUGUACUUGUCAUUGUUCAUCUAGUUUUCUUGGCAAUAGCAUCUGUAACCACAGUAUCGAGGCAAUUAUCUGUCGACAAAUCUGAUAAAAGUUGUGUACUGGAAUUGGAUGGUUUGGUGCUUGUUCAGUAAAAAUUUCUUAUGCGUCUAA